AUGAAUCGCUGGACUCAGCUUCUUAACCGGCAUCUUGCACAGAAAGACAGUGAAGUUAAAGAGACCAAAGGAGAGGGACAAAAUGUAGGCAAAGAGAAGAUGAAACUGAACUGGAAGGAAUGGGUGAUUGACCCAUCUGAAGAGUUUUACUAUGCCUGGUUGCAGGUUAUGAUCUUUCCCAUCGUCUACAACUGGGUUGUUAUUAUCCUCAGGGCCUGUUUUUAUCAAGUUCAGCAGGAUUUUCCGGAAGUUUGGUUCCCGCUGGACUAUAUCUCUGACCUGCUCUAUCUAGCUGACAUGAUAGUCAGUGUACAUACUGGGUUUCUGGAGCAAGGCAUCUUGGUGCGAGAAAAGUCCAGGCUAAAAAUGCGAUACCUGAAAUCUUCCCGCUUUCUGUGGGAUGUGGUGUCCCUGCUACCCACUGAUCUGCUCUACCUCCUGUUGGGCAGUGAUACUUCUUUGUUGCGGGUCAAUCGUUUUUUCCGCUCACCUCGCCUCUCUGAGGCCUUGGACCGCAUGGAGACACGCGCUUCCUACCCGAACAUAUUCCGUAUCUCCAAACUGAUGAUCCUCAUUUUUAUCCUCAUUCACUGGAACGCAUGCAUCUACUUCAGUCUCUCAAGUUACAUUGGCUUUGGCUCUGAUGACUGGGUCUACCCUAACAUCUCAGAACCUGGAUUCUCUUUCACACGCCGCCAGUACUUCUACUCUUUCUGGUUUUCCACUCUUAUCCUCACCACAGUUGGAGACACUCCUAAUCCAAGUUGUGAAGAGGAAUAUCUCUUCAUGAUUGCUGACCUGUUGAUUGCAGUGUUGGUGUUUGCCUCUGUGGUGGGGAGUGUAGGAAGUGUGAUAAUGAACUUGCGUGACCGGGACAAUGUCUUCUUCCCCAAUCAUGAGCUGGUAAAAAGUUACCUGCGCAGUCGGCGAAUUAGCAAAGCGCUACAGAACCGCGUUAACAACUGGUACCAGCAUCUGCACAUCAACAAAAAGAUUACUCGAGAGAAUGAAAUUCUCCAGCAGCUACCAGUCACUCUGCAGACGGCCAUUGCUGUCAGUGUGCACCUGCCAACGCUCUCUAAGGUCACCAUCUUCCAGAACUGUGAGAGCAGCCUACUAGAGGAGCUGGUGCUAAAGCUCACACCACAGGUCUACAGCCCUGGAGAGUAUGUGUGUAGGAAAGGAGAUGUGGGGCAUGAGAUGUAUAUUAUUAAAGAGGGAAAGUUGGCUGUGGUAGCUGAUGAUGGGGUCACUCAGUUUGCUGUGCUGGGUGAUGGCAACUUUUUUGGUGAAAUCAGCAUCCUAAACAUUAAAGGCAACAAAUCAGGCAACAGACGCACAGCCAACAUCCGAAGCAUUGGUCACUCUGACCUUUUCAGCUUGUCCAAGGAGGACCUGACAGACACUCUGUCUGAGUUCCCAGCUGCCAAGCGUCUUCUGGAGGAAAAGGGGUGCCAGAUCCUCACCAAGAUGGGCAUGCUAGAAAAUCCAAGUGAUGGGGAAGAAGAGACGGAAAAGACAGAGGACAAGAUGGUGCGCAUCGAAGCCAGUCUCGAAACUCUACAGACCAAGUUGGCUCGUUUGAUGGCCGAACUGGAGUCCAGUGUCCGCAAAAUGGUGUGGCGUGUUGAGCAUCUGGAGCUGCAGACUGAGGGCUGGGAGGGCAUCGUGGCCGAUGGAGCCGGGUGUGAGACAGAGGAUGAGGCAGAGAGAGAGAGGGAGGUUGGGGAUGGUAAGAAAGAGAAGGAAGAGGUACCACAGGGAGAGAGGGGUGAAGGAGAUGGAGGGGAGGAGGAUAAAGUGGGGAAAGAGAUAAAAGAAAAAGAGUGA